ACCCAAGGCGAUGAGAUCAUGAGCAGAAGUCUUCCCUAGGGGGGCGAAUUUACAGGUGUCUCCCCGCCAGACGAUUCCCGAUGAGCGGAGACGAAGACGAGCCUGGGUUCUGCGUCGGAGGGCUCGCUGCGACGAUGGCGACUCGAGUGCGUUAGCGGGAUUCAUGUGUGUCGCCGGCUCGCUCUGCAGUGGAGGUGAUUAAAAGGCUUUUUUACCCCCCUCAAUCUAGCUUGAGCUCAUAAAGAGAUAGAGAGAGGGGGAGAGAGAGAGACGGUCGUGUCGGGGCAAAGGGUCAGCGGAAAAAGAUGCCAUCCAUCCUGGUGGCCUCCAAGAUGAAAUCGGGACUGCCCAAACCGGUGCACAGCGCCGCACCAAUCCUCCACGUUCCCGCAAGGACAAUCCCCCAGCCCUGUUACCUCAAAUUGGGAAACAAGGUAGACGUGCCCAAGCCCGCUUACCCCAACCAGAUCCCGCUGAAGCCCCAGUUCGGGUACGAGCCCACCGGGGAGGCACUGCCCAUCGAGAAGACGGAUCCUGAAGAAGACGUCUUUGACACGCAGAUUUACACAGACUGGGCCAACCACUACCUGGCCAAAUCCGGCCACAAGCGUCUGAUUAAAGACCUCCAGCAGGAUGUGACGGACGGGGUGCUGCUGGCCGACAUCAUCCAGGUCGUCGCGAAUGAGAAGAUUGAAGACAUCAAUGGCUGCCCCAAGAACAGAUCACAAAUGAUUGAGAACAUUGAUGCGUGCCUGAGCUUCCUGGCAGCCAAGGGAAUUAACAUACAAGGCCUGUCAGCCGAAGAGAUCAGAAAUGGGAAUUUGAAGGCCAUUCUGGGCCUGUUCUUCAGCCUGUCACGCUUCAAACAGCAGCAACAGCAGCAACAGAAACCCCAAAGUUAUCACCAGCCCCCUCCAGCCUCCCAGCAUUCAGGAACGCCAAGCCAGUGCCAGCAGCCAUAUCAACACUCCGGUACCCUCCAUGCCCAGAACUACUCAGCCGCUCCAGUCCAGUGCCAACAACCACAGCAACCUCCCCAGUCACAGAGUAAAGCUCAGUCGGAAAUGCAUUCCAGUUCGUCCUCCAAAGACCCGAGUGAGGUCAAGUUCCUGCGCUUCUCCCUGGGACAGAGGAAAUGCUCGCGGCUCCCCGGCCCCAGUACCAGGACAUCUGCUGCAGGCAGCGAGGCCAAAACACGGGGCCCGGCCCCUGGGAGCAGGCGCAGUCACAGCUUUAACAACUACGACAAAGCCAAGCCGGUGAAUCCCCCCGGCGCCGCCACCGAGAAAGAGCCAGCAGAGAGUGCUGUUUCCCAGCAGACGGGAAUGAAUGAAAAUGGAUUCUCAACGCUUUCCACUAACAACUCAGCCAUACCCCAGCCUAACUCUGCAAAUAAACCUUGGAGGAGCAAAUCCCUUAGUGCGAAGCACACCAACACGUCUUCCAUACUGUCCAUCAAGCAGCCCGUGCCGGACAGCCCUAAACAACCUCAAGAACCCCCCAAACCCGCUCCCAACAAUCAGAAAUCUAUGCUGGAGAAGUUAAAACUGUUCAAUAGCAAGGGGGGUUCUAAAAGCAGCCUAGAGGGCUCCCGGGAUACCAGCAGUGAAAGACUGGACCCCCUUCCGAGCUUUGAGGAGGCCGAGGUGAUGGAGACCUCUGUAAGAAACCCCAACAGCACAAGCCCAUCCUCGAACAGUCCCAAGAUAGCGCUCAAAGGCAUCGCUCAAAGGACGCUUGGCCGGGCCUUGACAAACAAGAAAAGUUCUCCAAAAGGCAGUGAGAAGGAAAAGGACAAACAGAAAGAAAAAGAAAAGAACAAAGAGGUCGCCAAGAGGGUCUCCGUGACGGAAAAGCCGGAGGUCAAAGAAGAAGCAAAAGAGGAACCUGUCCCUGCUUCCGCCGAUAUGCCAAAAAAAUCCUCAAAGAUUGCCAGCUUCAUCCCCAAAGGGGGCAAGAAGGAGGGCUCUGCUGCCCCUCACAGUGGAAUACCAAAACCAGGGAUUAAAACUGCCACCCCAGGGAAGUCCUCAAGUGCCCCAAUCUCUGCCAAGGACGGGGACAGGAGCCGGAAGACCAGUUCUGGGCUGUCUCUUCAGAAGCUUGACAAUCGGAAUUCAAGCUCUACAUCUAGUUUGGCCUCCUCUGAGGGGAAGGGGGUGUCCACAACAGGCGGAGCCCAGCCUGCUAAUGGGCCCAGUGGAAAUACACAGACGACAGGAAGUAACACAAUCAGUGUCCAGCUACCUCAACCUCAGCAGCAGUAUAAUCACCCAAACACGGCCACCGUAGCGCCUUUCAUGUACAGGUCGCAGGCAGACAGUGAAGGGAAUGUUUCGGUGGAGACCAGUACGGGUGGAUUACACAUGGAACCGACGCUGUAUAAUAAACCGGGAACGGCCUGUCUGGAGGAUCUGUCCGGGGAAGAUCCUGAAACUCGGAGAUUAAGGACUGUGAAAAACAUUGCCGACCUUCGACAGAACUUGGAGGAGACCAUGUCCAGCCUCAGGGGAACCCAGAUCACGCACAGCACGUUGGAGACAACAUUCGACAGCAACGUCACCACUGAAAUCAGCGGCCGCAGCGUGCUCGGCCUCUCCUCCCGCACGACUCCUAUGACUUGGAGAUUGGGACAGUCCAGCCCUCGUCUGCAGGCAGGCGACGCCCCCUCUAUGGGCAACGGGUACCCUCAGCGGGCCAGCGCCAGCCGCUAUAUCAGCUGCGAGCCCGGGCGCUACAUGUACUCCGUGCCUCUCAGGAGGCAGCUGGCGACCAGAGGGAACCUGGGCCAUGGCGACCACUCCGACAAAGGGGACGACCUAGACAUGGAGAGCGUCAGCGUAGAUGCCACGGGGUACAUGAGCGAUGGCGAUGUCCUCAGCAAGAACAUGAGAAGCGAUGAGAUCACUAGCGGCUACAUGACCGAUGGCGGGCUGGGCCUGUACACCCGAAGACUGAACCGACUCCCUGACGGAAUGGCGGCUGUGCGGGAAACGCUUCAACGGAAUGCGUCCACGGGACAGGGGGACGCCGACAGCUGGGAUGACAGCAGCUCGGUGAGCAGCGGCAUCAGCGAUACCAUCGACAACCUCAGCACCGAUGACAUCAACACCAGCUCGUCCAUCAGCUCCUACGCCAACACGCCGGCAUCCUCAAGGAAGAACCUGGACGUGCAGACAGACGCAGAGAAGCACCUGCACAUUGACCGCAAUUCGCUGUGGUCCGGCGAUGAUGUGAAGAGGUCGGAUGGCGGUUCGGAUAGCGGAGUGAAGAUGGAGUCUGGUGGUAAAUGGAGGAAGAAUCCCUCAGACAUCUCAGACGAGUCCGAUAAAAGCACAUCUGGGCGGAAGAACACGGUCAUCUCACAGACUGGGUCCUGGCGGAGGGGAAUGACGGCACAGGUGGGGAUAACAUCCCCUCGGACCAAAACAUCUGGGACUCUGAAGACACCUGGGACAGGGAAAACCGAUGAUGCAAAGGUAUCUGAGAAAGGUCGGCUUUCUCCAAAGUCCGCUCAGGUAAAGCGUUCCCCGUCUGACGCAGGCCGCAGCAGUGGAGAUGACACCAAGAAACCUCCGAGCAAUACCUCAAGGUCCAUCCCAAACACCAACACAUUUGGCUUUAAGAAGCAGGGAAGCACAGUCGUCGGCAUGCCCAUUAUAACCACCAGUGGCGCCACCAUCACCAGCGGCUCCGCUACGUUGGGAAAAAUGCCAAAAUCCGCCGGAUUCAUCGGCAGGUCGGCGAACCGCAAGGCCAGCGUAGACGGCUCGCAUAACCAUGAAGACAGCUACUUGCAGCUCAGUGCUAGGUCCAACCUCCAGUACCGCAGCUUACCCAGGCCCAGCAAAUCCCGGAGCGGCGCUGGGAACCGAUCGAGCACCAGCAGCAUCGACUCCAACAUCAGCAGCAAGUCAGCCGGACUGCCCGUUCCCAAAAUGCGGGAGACCAGCAAAGUGACCUUCGCAAACUCGAUUCCGGGAUUGAUAAACCAGACCGACCGCGAGAAAGGGAUCUCCUCGGACAAUGAGAGCGUGGCAUCGUGCAACUCUGUGAAACUGAACCCAGCGUCGCAAGGAGCGCCCGGGGGUGCCCGCCAGCCAGGAAACAAGUACCCCGAUGUAUCUUCACCCACAUUACGCAGGCUCUUUGGAGGGAAGCCCAAUAAGCCCGGCCCGGUCACGACUUCGGAGAACAUGAAGAACUCGGUGAUCAUUUCCAACCCCCACGCCACCAUGAGCGCCUCCUCCCACCCGGACUCGCCGUCCGGUAGCGGCGUUCCGAGCAGCGGAGGCAGCAGCCCCCUGUAUGGGAAGGGCAUGGACCUGAACCCGUCUCCCCUGGCCUCCAGCCCCGGCUCGGCCUAUUCCGCGCCCUCCAACAGCCUGACCUGGGGCACCAACGCCAGCAGCUCCUCCGCCGUCAGUAAAGACGGUUUGGGGUUUCAGUCCAUCAGCAGCCUCCACACCAGCUGCGAAUCCAUCGACGUCUCCCUCAGCAGCAAUAACUCUCCCGGGCCUCUGACCGCCUCCCCCCGCGACGACUCCAUGUCCGGAUUUGCGAGGACGAAUAGCGUGAAGACCGCCAUGUCAGAGAGCCCUCUGUCCUCCCCUGGCGCUAGUCCUAAGUUCAGCAGAAACACUCUUCCCCGGAAGCAGGACAGUGACCCCCAGCUCGAUAGAAACACAUUGCCUAAGAAGGGAUUCAGGUAUGCACCGUCCUCUCAGCUCCGAAGUCAGGAUGACACCAAGGAAUGGCUGCGUUCCCAUUCAGCCGGAGGGCUGCAAGACACGGCCAGCAGCUCCCCAUUCUCGCCCGGCUCCAGCAUUAUGUCUCCUUCUGGAACUAGAUUUAAUUUCUCCCAGCUUGCAAGUCCAACAGCCUCCUCACAGAUGAGUUUGUCUAAUUCAGCAAUGCUGCGAACUCACAGCCUGUCCAACGCCGAUGGGUCAUCUGACCACUACGGCGAGACCCGCUUCCGAAACAGCUCCAUGUCAUUGGAUGACAAGACCCGAACCAUGAGCCGCUCGGGAUCUUUCCGUUUACUGAUUCACAAUGAGACUUGGCUCUUUGUUUUUAGCUUCUCUCUCCUUCCAACAGCUCAACUGCUAAUUAUCAUCCUUUGUGACAUUGUACGUCUGUCACGUCACCCCCUGGACACACAAAACACACGCAGGAACCUGCCGGUCUGGUUCCCCCCGGCCGUCCUCGUACAGUUUCACGGCUCUUCCCUCUCUCUGGUAUCCAGCACCUCGUCUGUCUACUCCACGCCGGAGGAGAAGUGCCAAUCAGAGAUCCGCAAGCUGAGAAGAGAGCUCGAUGCCUCGCAGGAAAAGGUUUCGGCUCUGACAACCCAACUUAGUGCCAAUGCUCACCUUGUGGCCGCCUUUGAACAGAGCCUGAGCAACAUGACCAUCCGGCUGCAGAGCCUCACCAUGUCCGCAGAGCAGAAAGAUUCUGAGCUGAACGAGUUAAGAAGAACCAUCGAGCUCCUGAAGAAGCAGAACGCGGCGGCACAAGCUGCUAUUAACGGUGUCAUCAACACCCCAGAGCUCAGCUGCAAAGGUAACGGGACGUCGCAGUCAUCUGACCUGCGCAUCAGACGGCAACACUCAUCCGACAGCGUCUCCAGUGUUAACAGCGCCACGAGCCACUCCAGCGUGGGAAGCAACGUGGACAGCGACUCCAAGAAGAAGAAGAACCGGAAGAACUGGGUGAACGAGCUGAGAAGUUCCUUCAAGCAAGCCUUCGGUAAAAAGAAGUCCCCCAAAUCGGCGUCCUCUCACUCCGAUAUCGAGGAGAUGACCGACUCCUCCCUCCCGUCCUCGCCCAAGUUGCCUCACAACGGCUCGGUGUUGUCCGCGCCGCUCAUGAGGAGCUCCCACUCCAAUUCUAUCCUUUCCGAGUGCACAGAGAACGAGGCGGACAGCGUCUUACAACUGCGCAACGAGCUGCGUGACAAGGAGAUGAAACUGACCGACAUCAGGCUGGAGGCGCUGAGCUCGGCACACCAGCUGGAUAUACUGCGGGAGGCCAUGAACAGAAUGCAGACUGAGAUUGAGAAGCUGAAAGCUGAAAACGAUCGUCUGAAGUCAGAGAGUCACGGCGGGAAAUGCAGCAGAACGCCAUCGCAGAUCUCCAUCUCUUCCUCUCCGAGGCAAUCCAUGGGCUUCACACAGCCGGGGAUGACCAUGACUGAAUCCUCCAGCCUGGACAUGCUCCUGGAGGACUCUGCGGACGGCACCCUGCGCAAGGAGAGCCGCCAUGUCAAGAUUGUGGUCAGCCUCUCGGAGGAGGUGAAAUGGAGAGAGGAUUGCCGGCCUCGCAUAUUCCUUAUUGGCUGUAUUGGUGUCGGAGGCAAAACCAAAUGGGAUGUCCUGGAUGGGGUUGUACGCCGGUUAUUUAAGGAGUACAUUGUACACGUGGACCCAACCACACAGCUAGGACUCAAUUCUGAGAGUGUGACCGGUUACAGCAUCGGGGAGAUCAAACGGACCAACACUGUGGCAACCCCGGAGCUGCUGCCCUGCGGGUAUCUGGUGGGUGAGAAUGACACCAUCGCCCUCACAUUAAAAGGUCUUGCGGAGAACAGUUUGGACGCUCUGGUGUUUGAAACGCUGAUUCCUCGCCCCAUACUACAGCGAUACGUCUCACUGCUAACAGAACAUCGGAGGAUUAUCCUGUCCGGUCCCAGCGGGACGGGUAAAACCUACCUAGCUAACCGGCUUUCGGAGUACAUGGUGCUGCGCGAGGGGCGAGAACUAAGCGACGGCGUCAUUGCUACUUUUAAUGUGGAUCACAAGUCCAGCAAGGAACUGCGUCAGUAUCUCUCCAACCUGGCCGACCAAUGCAACAGCAAGAACAAUGCGGUGGACAUGCCUCUGGUCGUCAUCCUGGAUAAUCUGCACCAUGUCAGCUCUCUGGGGGAUAUCUUCAAUGGCCUUCUGAACUGCAAAUACCACAAGUGCCCGUACAUCAUCGGCACCAUGAACCAGGCGACAUCCUCCACGCCCAACCUGCAACUCCACCACAACUUCAGAUGGGUGCUCUGCGCCAACCACACAGAGCCAGUGAAGGGUUUCCUGGGGCGCUACCUCCGGCGGAAGCUGAUCGAAACAGAAAUGACCAACCGGGUACGGAAUGUGGAGCUGGUGAAGAUCAUUGAUUGGAUCCCCAAGGUGUGGCAGCAUCUCAACCGCUUCUUGGAGGCUCACAGCUCCUCAGAUGUCACCAUCGGUCCUCGCUUGUUCCUCUCCUGCCCUAUGGAUGUGGACGGCUCCAGGGUCUGGUUUACAGAUCUCUGGAACUACUCGAUCAUUCCAUACCUGCUGGAGGCCGUCAGGGAGGGGCUGCAGCUGUAUGGCAGGAGGGCGCCCUGGGAAGAUCCCGCCAAGUGGGUCAUGGACACGUACCCAUGGACCGUUGUUCCCCAGCAACACGAAUGGCCACCGUUACUGCAGCUACGACCAGAAGAUGUUGGAUUUGAUGGAUACUCUGUGCCACGGGAGGGGACCUCUAGCAAGCAGGCUCCGUCUGGAGACGGUGAAGGAGAUCCACUGAUGAACAUGUUGAUGAGGCUUCAGGAAGCCGCCAACUACUCCAGCCCGCAGAGCUACGACAGCGACUCCAACAGCAACAGUCACCACGACGACAUCCUGGACUCGUCGCUGGAGUCCGCGCUCUGACGCCACCCUGCUGCCUCAACGGACGGCGGAACAAAAGACACUUUAUAGACUUUUGGAGAGGGGUGCGGGUCGCCCUGCCGAUUACAGUUUUAUUUGACAACGUGUAAGAAAUAUGGCUGCACUACUUGUAAGCGGCGGUAACGCCAAAACACUGAAAAUGUUUCUAGUUGUAGACAGAACGGGCCUCACGGCGCCCCCCGGUGGGAGGGGAAGAGAGUUCACUGCCUAUGCUGCUGUAACCAAACACACACACAAAAAAAAAAAAUGGCGUGCUGGACACUCCGCCUUCACACGAUGACCUCACUGCAGAUAGUCGCUGACUACGCUGCUUGCCUUGCUCUUGGCGUUUAACCGGUGCUGGUGGGGGGGGGAGGGUGUUGGCUGUAGAACACUGUACAGCUAUGCAGGACAUAUUCCGUCCCUCUCCUGAACCCCGGGAGUUUAAGGGCUCGCAUCCAUGUUGCUCGAGAAACGUAGACGAUAAGCGGGUCGCGGCAGCUGGGCCAAUCGGAGAGACUUUCACACUUGCGAUGAGACUUUAGAAGCCAAAAAAA